AUGCUGGAAUUAUUGAGCGACGCUGACAUUCUCUUUAUGGAUGGUACAUUCUUUGUGUGUCCUAACCUGUGGCUACAAGUGUACAUCAUUCAUUGUCUGGUGAAUGGUAAAAUGUUUCCUGUCGCUUUUGCGUUGCUUCCCAACAAGACCAAGCGGACGUAUGUUAGGCUUUUCACUUUGCUGAAGGAUAUUGUUGUGAGACGACUUGGCAUCGAACUUUCACCAGAAAUAUUCCAGAUCGACUAUGAAGCAGCAGUUAUCAGUGCUAUUAGUGAAGUCUUCCCCGACAGUUCCGUCCGAGGUUGCCUAUUCCAUUAUUCUCAAGCUUUGUGGCGUCAAGUUUUGGAGAGGGGACUGUCUCGCGACUACAUGAACAACCCAGCAGUCCAAGCCCACGUUCGACGAGCAGCUGCUUUGCCACUCCUUCCCCUGAACCAGGUCCAAGAUGCUUGGUUUGAAGUCAUCGAGCAGUCUCCCGACGGCGACAGAGUAGCAGCCUUCAACGACUACGUCACCAGCACCUGGGUUGAAGAUGAUGCCAAGUUCCCAGCACACAUCUGGAACCAGCACGAAAACACAGGCCCGCGCUCAAACAACCAUCUUGAGGGAUUCCACUCUGGCUUGAAGAAACGCAUACCCCGAUCACACCCCAACAUCUACCAAUUCGUAAAGGAGCUCAAGAAGAUCGAGAAGGCAGACAGGCGCACAAGACGACAGUUUGGACUUGGAGGAGCAAGGAGACCACGAGCACGUGUAGACCGUGAUCGAGAUCAGAGGAUCGAGAGACUCAAGGUGCAGCUUUCCACCGGUGUGAAGUCUGUGAUGCAGUUCCUUGAUGCUGUUGGCCACAUCCUCAAGCUAAACUGA